AUGAACGAAGUAGACGGCGACACUAAUGUGCUGUGGAAAGUUCUGGACGCCCUCGAAACUCCUUACGAUGAUCCUCUAAGGUUGAAACAAAAGCAAGACUAUAACAAACCAACACAGGCUACUACGCAAGCUACUACAUCCACAACUGUCGCCGAAGUUGGAUAUAUCGUAAUGUCAACGAGAGAAGUUGUUGUUGUGUUUGCGAUUUUCUUAGCACUCAGUGUGUUGCUUGUGAUGAUCAUCCGGCGACGUGCGAGAAUGAAGGCUUUGGCUCGAAAUCGGCGUGGGAAUUGGAUGCAGGUCGAAUCCGACGAGGACGACAUUCUGAUCAGUUCGAUGUACUCCUGA